CACAGAAAUGUGUGAUCUUGCACACUUUAUCUAAGAUCUCUGAAAUUCAGUUUGUCAUCUGCAAAAUGGAAAUAAUAGCCCAUAAUGUUAUGAUGAUUCAGUGAGGCAUUUAAUACAUGUGAACUACCUAGCACAUCACCUGACAGGUGUUCAUCAUCAACAGUGAUGAAAUCUAAAACCACCUUAUCACCCAGUGCUUAUGCUCGUGUCAGGCUGCAGGUGGAGGACCAGGGUGAGAGAGGAAACUGGAAUGAUUCCCAUGUGGGUCCCAGCCACAUAUGAAGAUGCUUGUAGAUUUUCAGUGGAAGCUGGGUAUGGCCGUGAGCUCGGACAGUUGCAGGUCUCUUAAGGAUCCUUAUGUUGCCGUGCUGCUGAAAGUGGCAGAUCAUUCAGGCCAAGUAAAGAACAAGUCCUUUGAAAUGACAAUUCCACAGUUUCAGAAUUUCUACAGACAGUUCAAGGAAAUUGCUGCAGUUAUUGAAACUGUGUGAAAACUGAUUACUUGGUUGAUAAAUUACUACCAUCAUUCUAAAAUCAUGGACUUCACUUUCUGUAACAAAACUGUAUAAGGAUCAAAUGAUAUUUAUUGAAUGAAAAUUGUUUUUUUGUUUUUCCAUUUUUUAAUAAUAAAAAAAUCAGACAAACAAGAAUUAGAUAGUGGUGAUCAAUGCAAAACUUUGUGAAUGUACUAAAAGCUGCUGAAUUGAACACUCUAAAGGGUGAACUCUGUGUUAUGUAAAUUAUAUCAAUAAAAAAUUAAAUGAAUGAUUGA